AUGGCGCCCGCUCCAGAUAGCGUCAAAGCCCAGUUACGGCAGCUCAUUUACUACCACAUCGAUAACAACCUCCUCACCAACGCCCUCUUUUUCGCCGAGCGACUUCUAGCCUACAGUCAUCGAGAACCGGAGUCUGCGUAUCUUGUGGCCCUCUGUCACCUUCGAUUGGGAGACGAGGCUUCGGCUUAUGAGUACAGCAAGUCUCAUGGACACCGAGGAACGCAUUUGGGAUGUGCUUAUGUCUUCGCACAGGCAUGCUUGGCCCUUGACAGACAUAAAGAUGGAAUAGUGGCGUUGGAGAAAAGCAGAGGGCAGUGGGGAGGAAAGAAUAGUUUUGGUAAACAUACACAAACCACACGGCAACCGUACCCCGAUGCCGCGGCGAUAACCUGUUUACUGGGGAAGCUUUACUUUGCAUACGAGAAUAAACAGAAGGCUAUCAGCUGCUUCGAGGAAGCUCUCAAGCUCAAUCCUUUUAUGUGGGACGCCUUCACGAUCCUUUGCGAUAUGGGCACGCAUGUGCGGGUACCGAAUAUCUUCAAAAUGAGUCCGGAAAUGGAGGCCGUGCUUAGGGUUAAUACACAUGAGCAAGCGGAAUCACAAAGUCAGACGAAGGAUAGCACACUUUCGAAUGGGCAAGAUCAUGACCGGAACCGGACUGGAGCACGCCCUGUGCCUGUGGCAGUGGCGAGCGAUAGUGGUGACCCGUUCAAUAAUGUACCUUCGAAAGGUUUUGGGGGAGGGCUCUUUGGUACCCUUGGGAUGUCGCAGAAGUUGAAUGAGAGUAACCCAAGUUUAACGAACUUGCCUGCAGCAGGGGGAGGAGGUAUCGGCCCUGAAGCCAUGGAAACACCAACAGGACCUAGUGCAUCGAUAGACAUAACGGUAGUGCCUAAUAGAAGAGAUCCCGGUGUGGUCUCUGCUUAUUCGACAGAGCCACCACAAGCACCUGCGAGGAAAACGCGAACAAUACCAGGUCUUGGCAUGGACUUCAGCAUGGACGCCCCGCCAAAAAUGAGUAGUCGAGGAAUUACUUUGAAGCGUACGCAGAAACCUACAGAUCCAGCAGAAGAGUCUGCGGCCACGCAGUUCCUGAGGCAUACAAACUUAUCAGCUGCCGGUGUGGAGAGGAAACGGACCGUCUCGGGUCAAGUUGUGCCUCGCCAAAUGUCAGAGGACCCCGGGGCACCUCAGCGGAGAAGCGUCAGAUUAUUCAAUCAGAUACGUCCCACAAGCAGCAAAUCCGCAAGCAAUUCAAGUAACGUUCCAACUGUCGGAGCUGCGCCAGGCAGAGAGUUGAAAAAAGCACGGCCGCCGAUAUCAAGGAUUAUGCGACCAAAUUCAAGUACCUCCACCGUUGGAAGACAGGUUAGCGGGAACAGAAAACCUGUGGAAGAGCCGAUGGAUAUAGAUCAGAAGGAGACAGCUCCACGAUCUUGGGCACAUCCUGUCACCAGCAUACCGACGUCAAAAUCGUCAGAUUCUAAUCCAAUGAAGAAUGAAGAGUCAGUCAAGGUCCUGCUUGACUUGUUCAAAGCUAUCGGCAGCGGUUAUUCCGCCUUGUCUCAGUAUAAAUGCCAAGAUGCAUUACACAUCUAUAAAACUCUGCCCAAGACACAGCAAGAUACUCCUUGGGUUAUGGCACAGAUAGGCAGAGCCUAUUAUGAACAAGCAGCUUACACAGAUGCUGAAGAAUGUUACAAGAAGAUUCGAAUUAUGGCCCCUACGCGAUUUGCAGAUAUGGAAAUAUACUCAACCAUUCUGUGGCAUCUGAAGCGCGAAACAGACCUCGCAUUCCUUGCUCAUGAGCUUGUUGAUUCAUCUUGGCAAUCUCCUCAAGCCUGGUGUGCCCUUGGCAACUCCUGGUCACUUGCACGUGACCACGAGCAAGCGCUUCGCUGUUUCAAGCGUGCCACCCAGCUCGAUCCGAAAUUUGCCUAUGCGUUCACCCUCCAGGGGCACGAGCAUGUUGCAAACGAGGAAUACGACAAAGCUUUAGUAUCCUAUCGCCACGGUAUGGCGGCCGACAAACGUCAUUACAAUGCAUGGUAUGGGGUUGGUCGCGUGUAUGAGAAGCUUGGGAAUUAUGACAAGGCUUCCUUGCACUUCUCGUCUGCUUCGGUAAUUAACCCUACAAACGCGGUCUUGAUUUGCUGUAUUGGAACUGUACUCGAGAAGCAGAAACAACCACAUAAAGCAUUGGAAUACUUCACCCGGGCGACAGAAGUGGCGCCACAGUCGAAGUUGACGAGAUUCAAGAAAGCUCGUGCCCUGAUGUCGCUAGGACGAUUACAUGAAGCCCUGAAGGAGUUGAUGUAUCUGAAGGAUAUUGCGCCAGAUGAGGCUAUGGUGCAUUUCCUUCUCGGAAGGCUCUACAAGAGUUUAAGAGAGAAGGGAGCAGCCGUACGCCACUUCACCAUUGCGCUGAACUUGGACCCAAAGGCUAGUCAGAACAUCAAGGAGGCAAUCGAGAGCUUAGAAGAUGAGGACGAUGAUGAUGAAACAAGUAUGAUGGCAUGA